AUGUUCCGUCACAGUUUUCAGCAUAAAUUCGUGACUGUAUACAGCAGUAUUGGCAGCAAACCGCUGGCCAUCUGGGACGUGCGUACAAAGAAUGGCCACGUGCGACGGCUGACCGAUGAAGAUCUGAACUCGCUGGUACUGGAAGUGAUGGGGGUGAAUGUGGCCACCACAUACAUCACGGCACCAUGUGCCCCGUGCCCUUCACUUAGUAUCAAGCUACCUUUCCUGGUAAUGUUGUUGAAAAAUUUGAAGAAAUAUUUCUCUUUCGAAGUACAGAUACUGGACGAUCGGAAGUCUCUGCGAAGGUUGCGCUUCUCGAACUACCAGAGCGAAACGCGUGUCGACUGUUUCAGCAUUACGAUGCCCCUAUCGCUGGUGCCGAACUGGAACCAGGUGCAGCUCAAUCUGGCCGAUUUUACGCGACGUGCCUACGGUACGAAUUACGUUGAGGCGGUACGUCUUCAGCUGCAUGCGAACGUGCGCGUGAAAACCAUCUACUUCAGCGAUCGGUUGUACACUCAGGACGACACACCGGCCGACCUUCGGUUAGUGCGACCGAUCCCUAGGUUGAUUAAGAUGCGGGUACCGGCCGGCAUGGCAACCGGUAGGCUGGGCAAGGUACCCGAUGAGCCGGUUGAAUCGGUACGACCUACGACGCCGGAAGCAGAAGAAGCUCCUGCUACAUCAUCAGAACCAGUGGAGGAUCCAACCACACCACCGGAAACAGAGGAGACUCCUGCUAUGCUGCCAGAUGAGGAAGUGCAGGAGGAGCCUGUAGAAGCGACGGAAUGA